CAGCCCAUACGUUAAUUUUAAUAUUAAGUCUUUGUCUCACACUGCCUUCAACCAAGAAAAGUGAGGAAAAAGGGGCAUAUAAGUAAACAUUAGUGGAUUGCCAUCUUAUCUCUAUAUAAGCCAUUGCUCUCUUUGAACUCAAAAAUCAUAAGCUUAGUUUCCUGCCCUUGAGUUCCCGGUCGGGAAACAAUCUCUUCUGUUUUGCUUCACCAAAUAUUUUUUGAGCAUUGGAAAAAACUCAUUGAAGUUUCUCCAGAUAUUCCCCCUUCUGUUGUUGACAAGUGCUCUGAUCAGGUUGAUUCCAGAAAUCUAAUACUACUUGUUUGUAUGUUUCAUGUUGCAGCUGCUUUUUCCUUGCAUAUUUUCAGUGCAUGAGCAGUCAUGGAGAAAACCCCAGACUGUAUAAUUCUUUUAAACAUCAGAUUCCAAUGGCAUUUUUUAUUGUUUCUUAUAAGAUAUAACCAUAAUCCUAUUUGCAAAAGUUUCUUCGGGAAAAUUACUUACUAUUCGUUUGAGGUUUUCCCCUUACGUGUCCAACUUAUUUACUUCAAAUCAUCGGUGCUUCAUUCAAAUAAACUUUGCCGUUUUUUAUGUAAUCCUGAUAUUUUUAUCUCCAUGCAACAGUGCCAAUUAUUGUCUUGAAAUUUGAAAUCAUCAUCAUCUCCCAUAGUAUCAACUGUAAUAGCUUAGUUUUGAUUUAGAAGAGAAUGUGGAAGCUUAAGACAGCAGAGGGUGUAGACGGACCAUACUUGUUCAGCACAAACAACUACGUCGGCAGGCAAACCUGGGAAUUCGACCCUGACGCUGGCACCCCUGAAGAGCGAGCCGAGGUUGAAGAGGCUCGCCAAAAUUUCUACAAAAGCCGCUUCCAGGUCAAGCCAAGUGGCGACCUCCUUUGGCGUAUGCAGUUUCUGAGGGAAAAGAAUUUCAAGCAAACUAUACCAGCAGUGAAAAUUGAGGAUGGUGAGCAAAUUUCGUAUGAAAAGGCCACAACAGCACUGAGGAGGGCUGUACAUUUCUUCUCAGCUUUGCAGGCUAGUGACGGUCAUUGGCCCGCAGAAAAUACUGGUCCAUUGUUUUUCCUUCCACCCUUGGUCUUCAGUAUGUAUAUUACCGGACACCUUAACACCGUUUUUCCCGAAGAGCAUCGUAGAGAAAUCCUUCGUUAUAUAUACUACCAUCAGAAUGAAGAUGGUGGGUGGGGAUUGCAUAUAGAGGGUCACAGCACCAUGUUCUGUACUGCUCUUAGCUACAUUUGCAUGCGUAUUCUUGGGGUAGGACCCGAUGGCGGACAAAACAAUGCUUGUACAAGAGCCCGCAAGUGGAUUCUUGACCAUGGCAGUGUCACUCACAUGCCCUCUUGGGGAAAGACUUGGCUUUCGAUACUUGGUGUUUUUGACUGGUCUGGAAGUAACCCAAUGCCCCCUGAGUUUUGGCUCCUUCCUUCUUUCCUUCCUAUGCAUCCAGCUAAAAUGUGGUGCUACUGUCGUAUGGUGUACAUGCCUAUGUCAUAUCUAUAUGGCAAAAGGUUCGUGGGGCCAAUCACCCCUCUCAUUGAACAAUUGAGAGAAGAACUCUACCUUCAGCCGUACAAUGAAAUUAAGUGGAAGAAAGUACGCCAUUUAUGUGCACCGGAGGAUAUCUACUAUCGACAUCCUCUGAUUCAGGAUCUGAUGUGGGAUAGUCUAUAUAUAUGUACCGAGCCUCUGCUUACUCGUUGGCCUUUGAACAAGUUGGUCAGGGAGAGGGCUCUUCAAGUAACAAUGAAACAUAUCCAUUAUGAAGAUGAGAAUAGUAGAUACAUCACCAUUGGUUGUGUGGAGAAGGUGUUAUGCAUGCUUGCCUGUUGGGCUGAGGAGCCAGGUAGUGAUUAUUUUAAAAAGCAUCUUGCUCGAAUCCCGGAUUACCUUUGGGUUGCUGAAGAUGGAAUGAAGAUGCAGAGUUUUGGAAGCCAAGAGUGGGAUACUGGUUUCGCUAUUCAAGCUUUGCUUGCUAGUAACCUUAACGACGAAAUUGGACCUGUACUCAAGAAAGGACAUGACUUCAUCAAGAAAUCUCAGGUCAAGGACAAUCCUUCUGGUGACUUCAAGAAAAUGCAUCGUCACAUUUCCAAGGGAUCUUGGACUUUCUCUGAUCAAGAUCAUGGAUGGCAAGUUUCUGACUGCACUGCAGAAGGAUUGAAGUGUUGCCUGCUAAUGUCCAUGUUGCCACCAGAAAUUGUUGGUGAGAAAAUGGAACCUCAGCAGUUAUAUGAUGCGGUCAAUAUUCUGCUCUCUCUGCAGAGCAAAAAUGGAGGAUUAGCUGCGUGGGAACCAGCUGGAGCUCAAGAGUGGUUGGAAAUGCUUAAUCCCACGGAAUUUGUCGCUGAUAUAGUCAUUGAGCAUGAAUAUGUUGAGUGCACUGCAUCUGCAAUCCAUGCCUUGGUUUUGUUUAAGAAGUUGUAUCCUGGGCAUUGGACGAAAGAAAUCGAAGAUUUUAUUACAAACGCUAUACGCUACCUUGAAAAUGUACAAAUGCCUGAUGGUUCAUGGUAUGGAAACUGGGGAGUUUGCUUCACAUAUGGUUCAUGGUUUGCACUUGGAGGGCUAGCAGCAGCUGGAAAGACAUACACCAAUUUUCUAGCUAUGCGCAAAGGUGUUGAAUUUCUGAUCAGAACCCAAAGAGAGAAUGGUGGCUGGGGAGAGAGCUACAAAUCAUGCCCUGACAAGAGAUAUGUACCUUUGGAAGAAGGUAAAUCAAACUUGGUGCAUACUGCAUGGGCUAUGAUGGGUUUGAUUCAUGCUGGACAGGCGCAAAGAGAUCCAAUGCCUCUUCACCGCGCUGCGAAGCUGAUAAUUAAUUCUCAAUUCGAAGAUGGUGACUUUCCCCAACAGGAAAUUACUGGAGUCUUCAUGAAAAACUGCAUGUUACACUAUGCAGCAUAUAAGAACAUUUUCCCACUGUGGGCACUUGCAGAGUACCGCAAACGUGUACCAUUGGCUUAAUCCCAUGCAAAAGGGUUUGAUUCAUGAACUUCUGAAACUUUAGUGAUCAAACAGGAAAGAAGUGACGGCUUAUGGGGACUUGUUGACUCUGUUUUACUACC